AUGGGAGCAGAGAGCAGUGAAAGUCUCGACCUCCUAUCAGUCUUACUGACUGGCAUUCCAGGACUGGAGGCCCAACAUGGCUGGCUCUCCAUUCCCUUUUUCAUCAUGUACAUGGUUGCCAUUGUGGGCAACAGCCUAAUCAUGGCAGCUGUGCAGGCGGACUCAGCUCUCCAUGAGCCGAUGUACUUGUUCCUCUCCAUGCUGGCCAUCACUGAGGUGGGAGUCUCUGUGUCCACUCUGCCCACAGUUAUGGGCAUUCUUUGGUUUGAUGCCUACAGAAUUGAUUUUAAUGGUUGUUUGGCCCAAAUGUUCUUCAUUCACACUUUCUCUGGCAUGGAGUCAGGCGUCCUGUUGGCAAUGAGUUAUGACCACUUUGUAGCCAUCUACAACCCUUUGCGCUACACAGCCAUCCUAACUCUGCCUCGGAUCGUAUCCAUGGGUCUGGGCACUACACUGAAGAGUGUUGCGCUCAUGGCCCCUCUUCCAAUUCUUUUAAAACAACUGCUGUAUUGUCACAUAAAUAUUCUCUCCCUCUACUACCUCCACUCAGACUUGAUCCAAUUGCCGUGUGCGGAUACUAGGCUGAACAGCAUCCUGGGGCUGGCCAUUGUCCUGGCCACUUUUGGGCUGGACUCACUGUUCAUCGUGGUCUCUUAUGGGCUCAUUCUUUACACAGUGAUGGGUAUUGCUUCUGGAGAGGGUCGGAGGAAGGCUCUCAACACAUGUGUGUCACACAUCUGUGCAGUGCUUAUAUAUUAUGUGCCCAUGAUUGGUGUGUCUGUGAUGCAUCGUGUCGCCAAGCAUGCGUCACCAGUGGUCCACACACUCAUGUCAAGCAUAUAUCUCUUUGUGCCACCAGUGCUCAAUCCCAUCAUAUACAGUGUUAAGACCCGUCCAAUUCAACAGGGAAUUGCCUCCUUGUUCUCUUGCAAGAAAGGAUUGAUCUGA